AUGGCAUUUUUUUAUCUACUGCCAGUGAUACUGCUGGUGAUUUUUGUUGCUUCAUUCAUAUCAGCAAUCAUAAGAACAAUUCAAACUGAGUAUGCCAAUUGCAGCAUCCCUCCUGGAGUGAGCAGUCCCGGAAAACUUCGACUUAUUGUUGCUGCUUUGAUUGUUACAUCUACUCUGGGCAGGAUUUUUGAGAAGAUGGAGCUGUGCAGCAGCCUGGCCUUCAGGCGCCUGGUGUUCUCCGGGCGGAGGCCGGGCCCGGCUCCGGGGGUGCGGCAGGAGGACGGGCGGUUCGGGCGGGUGCCCGUGCGGCUGUACCGGCCCCGGGCCCCGGCCCCGUGCUCCGCCGUGCUGCUGUUCCACGGCGGCGGCUGGAUCUGCUGCAGCCUCGAUUCCCAUGAAAGGAUCUGCCAGUACAUUGCCAAGGAAAGCGGCUCGCUGGUGGUGUCCGUGGGGUACCGUUUAGCCCCCGAGCACAAAUACCCCGCUGCCUACGAAGACUGCCUGAGCGCCACCCUGCACUUCCUGCAGCACCUGCAGCACUACGGCGUGGAUCCUGCCCGCGUCACCGUCUGCGGGGACAGUGCUGGGGGCAACCUGGCAGCUGCUGUCAGCCAGACCCUGGCAGGCAGCUCAGAGCUCCCCAGACUGCGCGCUCAGAUCCUCAUCUACCCCGGCCUGCAGGCACUGGACUUCAAUUUACCAUCCUACCAACAAAACCGGGGAGUCCCGCUGCUCUUCCGGGAACGUGCUGUUUUCUAUUCCUUGCAGUACGUACAAGGGGACACAUCAAAUCUGGAAGAGGUUUUGGAGGGCUCUCAUAUUCCUCCAGACAUGAGGCUGAAGUAUAGGAAGUGGGUGAGUCCAGACAACAUCCAUGAGGAAUUUACGGUCAGAGGCUACAAACCACACAAGCCCAGUGAAUUCAAGCCUGAAGUUUUUGAGAAAGUGAAAAGAAUCCGUGAGCCCACACUGUGUCCACUGUUUGCUGAAGACACAAUCAUCCAGCAGCUGCCAGAAACUUUCAUCCUGACCUGCGAGUACGACGUGCUGAGGGACGAUGGCUUGCUGUACAAGAAGAGGCUGGAGGACAAUGGGGUUCGAGUGACCUGGCACCACCUUGAGGAUGGAUUCCAUGGAAUCGUAAACCUAUUUGAUUAUUAUGGUUUGUCAUUUCCAUCUGGGAAAAGGGGAUUGGACAGGGUUGUUGCAUUUAUAAAAGGCCUGUAAAAAGAACUCUCCCUCAUUAUGCUUCUCCCCCUAAUGACUCUGCUUAGGCUCUCACACUUCAGGUAGUGCUGCUCUGCAAGAUUGUGACACCUUUAGAUCUGUAAAAUUCUAUUUCUAAGAUCCAUGAACUUCAAAUUAACACAGAUCUUUUCCUUGUGAGACUUCUGACAGUUCAAUCUUUUGGCAGUACAAUUUUUUUUCAA